GACGCGAGGCGCAGCGGAAGUGCCCGCAGCCGCCGUGUUGUGCCGUAGGGAAGAGCGACCGAUUUUUGUAAACCCCGGAGCCAGCUUCUCGGUGCCCGAGGCCCGCUCCUGUGCGGAGACACCCCCGGGCGAAGCGGCUGUCACCAUGUCUGACCAGGAGGCAAAACCUUCAACUGAGGACUUGGGUGAUAAGAAGGAAGGAGAAUACAUUAAACUAAAAGUUAUUGGACAGGAUAGCAGUGAGAUUCACUUCAAAGUGAAGAUGACAACACAUCUCAAGAAACUCAAAGAAUCAUACUGUCAAAGACAGGGCGUUCCAAUGAAUUCACUCAGGUUUCUCUUUGAAGGUCAGAGGAUUGCUGAUAAUCAUACUCCAAAAGAACUGGGAAUGGAGGAAGAAGAUGUGAUUGAAGUUUAUCAGGAACAAACGGGGGGUCACUCAAGGGUUUAGUUAUUUUUAUUUUUUCUUUCCCCUCAAUCCUUUUUUAUUUUUAAAAACUAGUUCUUUUGUAAUGUGGUGUUCAAAACAAGAUUGAAUACGGGCACUCCACCUCUUUAGAACAUACCGUGAUUUGAAUCCUAGUGUUCAAUAUUCAUCACUGGUUGUUUUCAUUGAGCUGAUUUUUAGUGAUCAGACCUCAGCCCCCUUCAUGUUGCCUUCUCCUUGUUAAAACUCCAUGUGUGCUCAGAGAGGCUCCUUUUUCAGGACUGCAUUUUCAGGUUUGUGGUGAUAAGUAGAUCGACCAAUUUGAACAUUCGUAAUGACCUUCCAGUUGGCCCUGAAGCUGUAGCAUGAGAUUGCUUCACUCCUGGACUAUGAUUUUCAGUGGGAGAUGGAAGUUUUUCAGAGAACUGAACUGUGGGAAAAUGACUUUUCCUCAACUUGAAGCUACUUUUAAAAUCUGAGGGUCUGGACCAAAAGAAGAGUAUCAAGUUUGGAGUCAAGUGACAGACACAAUGAGGUCAUGACUAACUCCAAAGAUGGCUUUACUGAGAAAGAAAGCAUUUUAACAUGAAAGAGAUCCUGUCAGAAGAUCCAGAGAAGUUCUAAUUUUCAUUAGCAGUUAAUAAAGUUACUCAUGCCGAAGUGUAUACAAGAACACUGUUCUUUUUGAUUUUAUUUGUACUUCUUGGCCUGGGAUAUGGGUUUUCAAUGGACACUGUCUGUACCAGCUUCAUGGAAAUAAACAAUAUUUGUAAAAACCGUA